AUGCUCAACUGGAAGCUCCUGGGGAUCCUGGUCCUUUGCCUGUUUUGCCGAGGCAUCUCAGGCAGCGGAGACCAUCCAUCUCCCUCAUCCACAGAGCCCUCAGAGGAGGGCCCCCCAACAUUGCCUCAGGGCCCCCCAAUCCCUGGUGACCCCUGGCCAGGGGUACCCCCUCUCUUUGAGGACCUUCCACCUCCAGGCCCCAGUUGUCCCUGGAGAGACCUGCCUGAAUCUGGAGUCUGGCCUCCUGUACCCCCUAGAACUGAUCCCCCUCAACCUCCCCGGCCUGAUGACCCCUGGCCAGCAGGACCCCAGCCUCCAGAAAACCCCUGGCCCACCUGCCUCUAA